AUGCAGUCAAGGCUUUCAGCUGUCGUCUUUUUCUUGUUGGGUUUGUCAUUUUGUCUGACAAUCCCUAUUCCUCUUGAAGAUAGCCAUGAAUUCACAGAGGAAGACCUUCAGUUUGCAGAGCGCUACCUCAGGACUCACUAUGAUCUCCGUCUGAAUCCCACUGGCAUAAUGAAGAAGAGUGCCAACACAGUGGCAUCUAAACUUCGAGAAAUGCAGGCUUUUUUUGGCUUGGAGGUGACAGGAAAAUUAGAUGAAGAAACAUAUGAGCUCAUGCGGAAACCAAGAUGUGGUGUCCCAGAUGUGGGAGAAUAUAACUUUUUCCCUAGAAAACUCAAGUGGUCAAAAACAAAUUUGACAUACAGAAUUAUGAAUUACACGUCAGAUCUGAGACGUGCGGAAGUAGACAGAGCUUUCAAAAAAGCAUUCAAAGUUUGGUCUGAUGUGACACCACUUAACUUCACCAGAAUACGAAGUGGCAUAGCUGAUAUCAUGAUCUCCUUUGGUACUAAAGAACACGGCGACUUUUACCCCUUUGAUGGACCCUCUGGAUUACUGGCUCAUGCCUUCCCCCCUGGUCCAGACUAUGGAGGAGAUGCCCAUUUUGAUGAUGAUGAAACUUGGUCAGAUGAUUCUAGAGGGUAUAAUUUGUUUCUUGUUGCUGCCCAUGAAUUUGGUCAUUCACUGGGACUUGAACACUCCAGAGACCCUGGAGCUCUGAUGUUUCCAAUUUACACAUAUACUGGAAAAACUGGUUUUGUGCUUCCUGAUGAUGAUGUGCAAGGGAUCCAAGAGCUCUAUGGUGCUGGAGACAGAGAUCCAAACCCAAAACAUCCUAAAACACCGGAGAAAUGUGAUCCAGAAUUAUCACUUGAUGCAAUAACAGAACUUCGUGGAGAAAUGCUGGUCUUCAAGGACAGGUUUUUCUGGCGACUGCACCCUCAGAUGGUUGAUGCAGAGCUGGUUUUAAUUAAAUCAUUUUGGCCAGAGCUUCCAAACAAAAUAGAUGCAGCUUAUGAAAACCCCAUUAAAGAUCUUGUCUUCAUGUUUAAAGGAAAGAAAGUCUGGGCUAUGAAUGGCUAUGACAUAGUUGAAGGCUUUCCUAAAAAGAUAUAUGAAAUGGGAUUCCCAAAAGAAAUGAAAAGAAUAGAUGCAGUUGUCCAUAUUAAAGACACUGGCAAGACUCUCUUUUUUACUGGAAAUAAGUACUGGAGUUAUGAUGAAGAGACAGAGGUGAUGGAAGCAGGCUACCCAAGACUGAUAGAGGAAGAAUUUGCAGGAAUUGGUGAUCGAGUGGAUGCAGUCUAUCACAGAAAUGGUUACCUCUACCUCUUCAAUGGAUCUUUGCAAUUUGAAUACAGCAUCUGGAGCAAAAGAAUUGUCCGUGUCCUGCACACUAACUCCAUAUUUUGGUGCUGA